AAAAAUGAAGCACCUGAUACAACAUUCACAAUUGAGAAAGAUCCCAAGACCGGAAAAUUAGAUUUAGUUAUUACUGAGAGACAGCUCGUGCCAAUGGACCGUAAAUUUCCUACGUCACCUGAAGCCAGUGAACCAUCUCCGUCAAAACAUUCUCCACUGGCUAUGGAGGUGAUACGUUUGCUGGAUUCUGGAAUUCGGGACAAUGAAAUUGAUAUAAUAGAUCCUCAUACUGGUAAGGUAUUAGGUAAACUGUCUCAUCAGAAGACAUCAUCUGGUACAGAUCAAACUUCUCAAUAUCCAGAGAGAAAUCUUCCAGGACCAAGUUAUCCAAUGAAAUUGCCGCUCAAAGAAAGGUAUGAUGCGCGACAAUCGUAUCCAGAAUACAGAAUAGACAAUCAAUUGCAUAACAAAGAUUUUAAAAUUAACCUUGUACCUCAAGUUCAGAAUGAUUUAGGCUCUAAUAAUGCAAUGUCGGUAGGUAGUCAACUGAAUAUGCCUGUCAUUUUGGAUUUUAGUAACGCACUUCCAAACGAAAAUAUUGUUGGUUCUACAAACAGCAACUCUCCAGUGAUACCUCAGAUACCAACAGAUCAACAAAUUUCACGUUCACGUUUACAAUCGUCACAAGGCACCAACAAGAACUCACAGAACUUGGAACGGUCAGUAUCCAGUACUGUAAGUCCGGCUUGGAACGCCAUUAUUAAAUGGGUGCAAGAAAAUGCCAAUCUUUUCAAAACUAUGACAAAUACAGCUAAAAUUAUUUUAUCUAAACACAGUAAGCGGAACAAUCCAAUCAACAGAAAUAAACUUCCAUCCAUCAGAAAGGGGAUUUUGUCGACAGGAUCGAGAGGACGUGCAGGAGAGAACAGACCAGCACAAAAACAAUUUAUCAUGAAACCUUACAAAGUACAUUUACUUUCCUUUAAUAAAUCACCGUCAGGACAACUGAAAGGAGGGGAAAAUAGAGUAUCUGCCACACGAGAAGGACGACCAAACCAUCGUGUAAGAACAUCCCGAAAAGGAGGGUAUUAAAGGAUGGAAUUGCGAGAGAAAAUCAUGAAUUCCAUUGCAAAGAAGACAACACUGUUUCUCGACAAUCACAUAAAUGGUAUCAGGAUUAUAAUACAUUUUUGAACCAUGAUAAAUGGAAGACAAACUUUUCGUUAAUCAAAGUUUAUGAUAUAUUCAAAAGUACCAUUGAAAAUAUAAACUACAAAUAACUCUAGUAACCUUAUUCAAGAAAAGUAUUCUACUACUUACAUAGUGUUCUUUAAUAACUAAAUAUGAUUUUUUUGUUAUUUUUAAAACUGUUGUUUGUAUACAAAAUA